CCUGCUUUAAAAUCAGCUGAAUCCUGGUCUGGCCACGUGGAGCUGGAGCUGUGCUGGGAAGGGCUCUGUGAAAAGGCAAAGUGUAACAUGAACUGAUGAAGACAGAGGAAAAAGAAGAGGGAGCAAAAUGGUAUUUACAUGGAUCGUGCCCUCAGCAGUUUGGUUGGUGAUGCACUUCACAGCAGAAGCCUGCAGGAAAGGGAUCAUGACUUCCAGCAAAGCUCCCCAUGGCACUGAGGAAAUCUGUGACAAAGGGACUGUGACAGCCAACACUGCCAGUGCCAUCCAGUGUGGGACCAAUGUCACCCUGUCCUGCCACCUGGGAGGCUUGCAGACAGCUAACUGCAAGAUAGGGAUUUUCCUUAACAACUCUGAACAAGUUACAAAUUCCGACCGUUCAGUAAGAAAAACAUUUCCACUCGAUACCUACGGCAAACACACCUUUACGUGCAAAACGAUCUGUGAAGAAGGGAAUACAAUCAUUUGUGGAGUCUAUAUCAAGUGUGGAAAUCCUCCAGAUGAGCCAGUAAACGUGUCAUGUAUCCAGGCUGGGACAGACAGCCACCCCCUCUGCACCUGGAAUAAGGGAAGGCUCACAUACCUUGACACUACGUACGUGAUACAGCUCUCAAAUGGGACACAUGACCUGUGCUUUUCAGAAGAAAGUCUGAAUGAGACAUUUGGCUCGUUGGCUCUGACAGAGUUGAAUUUUGACUCCAAUUACACUGUUGUGGUUUCUGCCUCCAAUAAGCUGGGAAGUGCUUCUUCACAGCCACUCAUCUUCAUGUUAAUAGACAUAGUGAAGCCACAUCCUCCUGACUUUUUAGUGGAAUUUGACAAUUCUUCUGACACCAACUGCACUCUUUUUUGGCACAAUGAAGCACAAGCACAACACUACAGGCUGAGAUACCGUCCCCUCACCAGGCACUCCUGGAGCACGGUUGAAAUCUUCAGCAGUGAACAAUACCACCUUCACGGGCUGGAGCCUGACACAGCCUAUGAGUUCCAGGUCAGCUGUAAAAUUCACCCCGAGCGAGGGCUGUGGAGCGACUGGAGCACGAACCAAAUCCGGACUCCAGAAGCAGAGCCGACCGGGAUCCCGGAUGUCUGGUAUCGGCUCUCAGCAGCAGAACUGGGCUCUCAGCAGCAGAACAUCUCACUGUUUUGGAAGGCUCUGAGCAAGUCAGAGGCAGGAGGAAGAAUCCUGGGGUACAGAGUGACCUUUGAAGCCCUGGAUGAUCGGAACUCCCCCAUAGAAUCCCACCAAACCACCCACACCAGCUACUCCAAAGUCACACCAAGUGUGGGCUACAAGAUCACAGUCACUGCUCGGAACUCUCGGGGCAGUUCCCCCCCUGCAUCCAUCCUGACCAACCUGGGCAUCCAGGAUCUACCACCUCCUCAGCAAGUCUCUGCCAUGGCCAUGGGGAACAGCAGCAUCCUGGUCAGCUGGAAACCACCCCUCAGGUCUGCUGUGCCCAUCAGUGGGUACGUGGUGGAGUGGGCAGAGACAGGGAUGAACCCACACCUGGAGCCCCAUCACACCUGGGCAAAGCUCCCAGCAUCCAACCUGUCCACAGUGAUAGCAGAGCACAUCAAAGAUAACACGUGCUACCAGAUAUAUGUGUUUGCUCUCUACCAGGACAGAGCUGGACGGGCAGCAUCAGUCAGGGGAUACUCCACAGCACAAGCCCCAUCAGCUGGGCCCCAGAUGCUCUCAACCCCAUGGGCCACCGGAGUCUUGGUGUCAUGGGAGGAAAUCCCUGUUCCCCAGCAGAGGGGCUGCAUCACAGGGUACCACGUGUACCUGCAGAGCAAGGACAGCCAGGGAGACCCCCAGGUCUAUGCCAUUCCCGAAGGGACGGCCCCGAGGUCCCUGUACAUCCCGGACCUGCAGCCAGGGGAGCUCUACGACCUGUGGGUGACGGGGUCCACGGCGGCCGGGGAGGGGCCGCGGGGCAACAGCGACCGGCUCCGCCUGGAAAGUGCCAGAGGCUGGGUGACUGUGGUGCUCACCUGCAGCUUCUUCAUCUUCUCAGCCUGUGUUUGUUUUGUGCCUCCAGCAAGAAAAGCGUUCCACUCGCUCCUCUCCAAGCUCCUGCCACAGUGCAAGAACAAAGCCAUUCCCGACCCCGCUAACGCCACGUGGGCCAAGAGCUUCACGGCUACCAAGGCAGAGCUGAGCUCACUCUCCAUCCUGUUCCUGCCCAGCAUUGUCGGUUUUGAAGAGCCUGAACCAACCUUGGUAGAGGAAGCUUUUGUGCAGCCUGAUCCCCUGGCCCCUGGGGACAAGCUCCCAGUGGGCAGCGCUGGCAGCAGCGGGCACGGGGACUGGACACGGCAGAGCUCAAGUCUGGAGCCAGGGGAGGAGCAGCAGCUCCCUGAGAUGUACCAGAGGCUGGUGGUAGAAGCAACGGAGCACCUGCAGCCUGUGCCCGAGUAUAUCACCAACUCCAGCACCACCGACCUGCCCCCGCCCUCAGACACCACCAGGGAUCACCCCACAGACCUGCCAGAGUACAUCACCAGCCCCGGCCCCACAGACCUGCCCCUGCCCACAGACACUCCCAUGGUCCACCCAGAGCUCGAGUGCCACCCGCUGUCCAUCUUCCCAACCUCCUUUUUGGCACCCACCCUCUGCAGUGAAGGGAAUCUCACUUUGGACAGAGUGAAACUCAACUGCAGCUCCUUCACAAGGUAGGUGGAUGAGGGGAGCCUGGCCUGGUGUUUUGCACUUUAUGAAGCAUUUCAGUGUGGACAGACAGUCCAGUCACUUGUACUUGGCACCUGUAGGUGACAUAAACCCUGACUCACAAACCUUGCCAAGUCACACCUCCCUGUUCAACAUGACAUCUGCUCACCCACAGCACUCAGGUGGAACCAAAGGCACAGCUGGGAAUGGCAGAGCUGGCUUUGGGAGAGGUUCAUUAAUUAUUCAGGUCACCUCAAGCCCUGUCCCACUGCCUGGUCACACAUGGCCCAGCCUGGCUGGGUCCACCCCAGGAAUCAGAGCUGUGCUCAACAUCACUUCAGCCUGAAAGAGCAAGGGACUACAAGAGGAAAGGAUGAAAGAUCAGCAUCCAGCCCCAGCAGGACAGGGGCUGCAGCCUUUGCUUCUCCACUGGCCCAAAAUCAGAGCUCCCAGUGACACCAGUCCCAUGGGGGCACUGAGGGACACGGCUGGGACUUCCUGGCUCAGUUCACAAAAGAAUUCCUCCCCAGAAACAAAAGCAGCAGGCAGCACGUGCACUCAGCCAAAUGGACUGUCAAGAGGAAUUAUAAUAAUUUAUUGAAGUAUUCUAAUUACAGGUUUGAAGUGUGUUACACAUUUAAUGACUUUGUUUACUAGAUGUGUGUGUAUAUAAAUAAAAUGUUGGAAAUCUGAAAUUGGUUUCCUGUUGUUUUCUCUGGUCAAGCUCCAGGGCUAUGCUGCAGCUUUACACAGAACAAGGCAUCUU